GCUCUCGGUCCUUGCAGUCCUUGCUCCCCCAAGCAGCCAUGCGGCAGUGGAUAACACGCCGCAGCCCCCCGUCCGGCCGUCCUCCUUUCUCCCCCCAAAACCCAGCCAACUCCGCCACCACCAUGCUAGCCCACACGCACCUCACGCCUACAGCCCCGCCUUCCCACGCCUCCCGGGGCGGCGGGGGCGUAGAGUUCCGCCGCAAGCUCCACUUCCUCUCCGCCGAGCUCCACCUGGACCCCUUCCCGCUCCUGGCUCUCCACCCUGCGCUGCGCUCGGCGCCGCUCCCGCUCCUCGAGGACUCACUCCGCCUCCUCACUUCCCACGGCCUGUCCUCCCGCGACGCUGCCCGCGUCUUCUCCGCCUUCCCGUCCCUCCUCACCUCCCCACCCGAGGUGCCCCUCCGCUUCCUCUCCGCCGACGCGCCGCUCCCGCCGCCGCUCCUCCGCACCGCGGUGGUCCGGUCCCCGCGCCUCCUCGCCGCCUCCGUCCCCGACACCCUCAGCCCCGCGCUCCGCUUCCUCCGCCGCCGCGUCUCGCUCCGCCGGGAGCCCCUCCCGCUCGCCGCCGCCCUGCUCCUGGCGUUCUCCGUCGAGCGCACCCUCCUCCCCAAGCUCCUCUUCCUCCGUGACGCCACGGGGCUCCCCGACCCCGCCGUCUGCGCGGUCCUCAGGCGCGCGCCCGCCAUCCUCUCCUACGGGAUCGAGACCAACCUCACGCCGAAGCUCCUGUUCCUCUCCGAACGCAUGGGGAGGGACCCCGCUGCUGAGCUAGCCGAGUUCCCGCACUACUUCGCGUUCAGCUUGGAGGGGAGGAUCAGGCCGAGGCACGAGGCUUUGAGGGGCGUCGAGAUGUCGCUUAAGGACAUGCUCACAAGCAACGAUGACGAGUUCAGAGAGCGGCUGCUGGAUGCGACACUGUCGCCCACCAAGGCGAGAUUGUGAGCUUGCAUCCAAGAAACACUGUAUGCAUGGUAACUGCACUAUCUGGUUAUGAAGUGGCAGUGCUUUGAGUUCGGGUUCAAUUCAACCAAAUUACCCUCCAUCGAUGGCAUGGGCAACAAUUUGGAGUAUAAGUUAAGUUUCACAUAUCAUUUAAAGUUCUGCCUUGACGGUAAGGCUCAGAUAUAUGAUGUUCAGGAGGAGAGAGACAUGGAAACGUCGCCUGAUGGAAUUGCUUAAUGGAUUGUCCUCUUAUCUCGUAAUAUAAUCAGCAGUGGGAGACAAACAGUAAUGCUUCUGCUAGGGUCAUGCUGUCAUUAAACUCCAGGGCUACAUUUCCAUACAUAGCCGUGGAGAAAGGAUGGGCCUGAGGCAUGAGUUGCUGGAGGACACCGAAGUUUGCCAUUGACGGGGACCAUGGACCUCUUAAAAAUAGGUGCGUUGUAAUCAGCUAAAAGAGUUUAGUAAUAGAAUUUUGCUUUGCUCAUUUUUCAGUUGCAAAUGCUUUAGGGAGAGGCAUGAAGUUAACAAUGAACAUAGAGGAACUUGAUAUGUUGCUGUUUGUAAUAAUGGUAAAGGAUUCCAUGGGAUAUCAUGAAUGCAAUUGUUGUUUGAUUUACUUUUAGCAUUAUAUAAAUGGAAAAUCUGAAAUGUGUAACA